AUGGCGACUGUUGAUGUUAGAGAGGACGCUUUCCCUUCCAGAUCUCGAGAGGUCUCAGGCCUCGUGAAUGGCAUAGCUACAGAGAUUACAUCCACCAGUUUCGCUGACAAGAUACUAAUCACUAUCUCCCAAGAAGGUCGACUUUCACAAUGGAUACAAGUUCCCCUGACAGGUUCAUCAUCUGGAGUUGUUGAGAUGAAUCUUCCCAGCUCAAGCAAAGGCCUUCUUCCAUCAACACAUCUCACACCAACAACGCUAUUUGGUGGAGGGGGUGAGGAGCGUGAAACUCUAGGUCAACUUUAUGCAGCACAAAUUGCCAGCCAAAUUUGUCUCAGAUCUCCUGAUGACCGACGAAUACUGGUCCUUGGACUUGGGCUUUCUAAAACAGACCUGGAGCGUGAAGCUUUCUUUGAUCUUUUGGAGCUUGCCCAGAAAGUGUUCUCGAUUUGA